AUGAUCGAGAGCCAGAAAGACCGAUAUACCGAAAGCCACAAGCAAAAAGAACCAGAGGCCGGGGAGGAACUCACCUGCUGUAUCUCCUGCCGAUACUUCGGAUUCCGAUCAGAGCUCAUGAUUGAUGGCGUGAGCGGUAUUGGGUUGGUUGAAAGCAAAGUCAAAGAUGGUCGCGAGGAAGAUGAAGCUCUGGACGCGCACAGGCCGAUCUGGGGGAGAUAA